AUGAAGACAUCAGUGCCGCCGAUCACGUCGGAAGCUCAAACGCCCGAGUCUACUUUCGUGCCAUGCGCCUCCACAGCCUCCCUAUUCCUGUAUGCCGAAGGCUCAGCCAUUGUAUGCCUCCAUCACGACACUUUGGCUGUUGAGCGACGCUUCGAAAACCAUACCGAGGAUAUUGGGUUUAUAUCGGUAGACAAUGUCAGUGAGCGUGGCGCAGGGAGACUGGUCGUUAGCUAUGAUGUUAGUCAGACUGCAGUUGUCUGGGAUCUGUUUACGGGCUCGGUGAUUGCAAGGUUCGCAUCCUUUGAGCAGCUCAAGGUGGCCGCUUGGAUGCGCAAUGGCAAUAUAGCAUUCGGAAAUGUGAAGGGUGACGUGAUUUUGUUUGAACCAUCGACAUCGGAGCAUAUUUCUUGCCGGACGAUCUUCGACCCUAUCACAGCUUUAGCGCCCUCGUCAGACUGUCGAACCUACGCCAUUGGGUAUGCAAUCUAUUCCUUGUUCCGCCUAGUUAAGGUAUUGUAUAGUGAAGUCCAACCCAUACUAACAAAAACUAGAUACCAGAAUGGAUCAAUUCUGAUAGCUACUCUUCACCCUACAUUUACUAUCUUGCAUACCAUGAGCACCUCCCGCGGGCCGUCCCGGAUCGUUUCGCUGGCAUGGCAUGCAUCAUCGUCAAAGCAAAAGUCGGAUAUGCUUGCCACCCUUUCCGCAAAUGGUGAUCUGAGGGUAUGGAGCGUGGCCAAGCCUGCUGGUAAAGAUGCGCCGCGGGUAAUCAGGGUUCUAAAGAGAUCGGACACGUCUUCAACAACCGAACCUAAGUGGAUGGCCUGGUCAAAGAAUGGUAGAAUUGUUCAGUAUCUCGAGGGCACUGUAAUCUUGACGGUGCCCACUCUGUUGCCAAAAUCACUGACAACUGCUGCUAGGGAGACAUGGGCCUGGGAUGUGCGAACCAAGCACAUCACUUCGGAGCCAGUUCCGACGAUUGACAAUCCUCGUGGGUUCGCCAAUUAUGGACCAACAGCCACAUUAUUUACACUGGGACCUCGCCACACCGUACAACAGUAUGAUCUUGAGAGCCCGGGAUUAGUCGCCAAUGUACAGCAUCCUCCCGGCGGAGCCUUACCAGCAUCAGAGGAGGCCAGACCCCGUGGUGCGUCAGCACGCAUGCUACAGGACCCACCUGAGAUGAAGGAGUCCGGUGCCAUGUUCGGCACGAGACGAGCUCCGUUUGACCCGAGUGGAAUCGAGGCCGUACGUCAACAACGUGCCGAGCUAACUAGCCCAGUCUCUUCUCGAAGUCAGGCAAACACCGUAAGUUCAAAGGCCUCGUCGGGGAAUUAUAGGAUAGUCCCAUUUUCAUCCCCGAGUAGAUCGGGUCACACCGCUACAUCCUUUUCACUCACCUCCGCUAGUGGUAGAGACACCCCUCAGGCAUCUGGCGCAUCCUAUGCGUAUGCUUCUUCCGUAUCUAUGUCAUCUGCGAAAAGCUCCCGUGCCGGCUCUCGUUUACGAAACGAGGUUCAUCCCAGCCCAGCAGAUAAACCCAUGGAUCUGUUUCCUUUCACACGCGAACGACUCAACGAUGUGCCAUAUAGCCGUCAACAGCCCCUGGAUGAGUCGCAUCUCACGCCAGACGAUCUCCGUCGUCAAAUGUUGAGCGUGGUCUUUGGCUGGCAUGAUGAUAUUGAUGAACUAAUCAACGAUGAGCUUAGCCGCCACACACCGGGUACUCAGAGCGCUAUUCUACUCGCCCAAUGGCUAGGGGAAUCUGACACGGACCAAAUGGUGUCCAUGCUUAGCCCAGGUUCAGCCUCAACAGCAGAUUGGAUGCUUCUUGCUUUUAGCCAGAUGCGUUGCGAAUCACAAGCCAACAAGGUCGGACAGGCCUUCGUUCAGAAACUUCUGGAAAUCGGUGACGUGCAUACUGCAGCUACGAUUCUUUUGGGGCUUGGCGAUAAGAAUGAUGCUAUUGAAGUUUACGUUUCCCAAAGCUAUUAUAUGGAAGCUAUCCUGAUGGCGUGCCUGGUGACACCCACAGAUUGGCAGCGUCAAUCAUAUCUCGUCCGCCGCUGGGGGGAGCAUGUCGUCUCACAUUCCCAGCAGCAGCUUGCAAUAAGGUGCUUCAUGUGCACGGGAGUGGAGCCUUCGGAACCCUGGACUUCUCCAGCUGCACAACAGGCUGCCUCCUUUGCCGAGGUAAUGUCGAGAAGAUCACCAGCCAACUCCCCGGAGCCCCCCUAUCCCAAUCCGUUAGGCCUUCUACCACCAGGCUCACAGACAAAGCCUUCCAAUAGCCGACAGGCAAAGACUCCAGCCCUCAAGCUGAUCACAUCGUUUGACUCGCAACCAAGCCAAAAGUUACGAUUCCCCGGUCUAAAGUCGGAUGAUAGGACACCUACGAAUGCGCCUGGGGUUACGCCCAUUGCUGAAUCCGCUGUAGCCGACUCAGCAUUGUCCCCUGGAGGCUUUGGUUCAUACAAGUUGAAUAAUAUCCAGAGUCUCAACAAUGCCAUGAACUCUCGAACAGGUACUCCCGCGUUUGGCAGAGGGCGCUUGCCAUCCAUUGGGGAAACCCCCGUUGACGUUCAGCCGCCAACCUUUCCUUCCAGUGGUUCCAAGAAGCUUGUUGAUUAUGGUUCAACCUCGGAAAAUGAUGAUCAAGAGGAUCAGAGCGGUAACGAGAAAGAAGAGCAGAUUAGCCUGCUGCCUUCUUCUACAUACCAUCCCGACGACGCGUUCAAACCAAGUCCGCAAACCGCAGUCCAAACAAAUGCGGACAAAUUUGCAGGCAUCAAGGGAAUACCAUCUCCAGCGGCUGGGCUUUUUGAAGCCCUGAAAGACCGAUCUGACAGUCGCAAUGGAUCUAGGGAUAGGAAGCCCGAUGGACUGCAGCUUCAUUUGUAUCCUACUGAAUACUCUGGCACUGAUGCGGCCGACCAAUGCGAUAGUGGUAAUUUUAGAAGCCCAGCAUCAACUUUGAACAGCUUCAGUUCUGCAAAGAGCCCAAGUGUUAGUGGGAGGAGUAUUGAUCAAUAUAUCAGUAGCCUUGACGAGGCGAACUAUCACUCAAAGAAGCAUCACAACUACCGCUCCAAUGGUGUGGGACAGCGAACUACGGAUGAAACGGCCAGCCAGACUUCAGAAAGACGGCACCGCUCUAGGAACACGUCUCAGCAGGCACGUGGGCGACACGAAAAGAGGUAUAUUCCGCCAGCCAAGCGGUCUCCUUCCUCGCCGGUUCCGAUGUCCCCCGAAGAGAUAGCCCGUUACCAAGCCGCUCAGGAGGAUCACGAUAAUGCUCGCCGGAUGAAGCAGCGUUCAAAGACGCGCAGUGCAAGCAGGGUUAGGAAGCCUCGUUCACGGAACUCAUCUGAGCGUCGGAACAAUCGUUCAUCUAGUCGCCAUACAGCUAGUCGGGUCGGCACUGAGAAGCAUGACCGUGGCCGUAGUGCCGACAGGAAGGGCUCUUACAAUAGAUCGCCUUCGCCUCCCUUGCCCACCUCUACUACAGACGAUGCUUUCAGACUCGUGGCCAGUGAUAGAGAACGGAGGUCUCAGCAGCGAAGUAGCAGCCGACGUCCGGACAAAGGGAAAGCAGAACCAAGGGCGAGAUCUCGGAGUCGCCAUGAUCACGAGCCCACGAUGGGGACGGAACAUGGACAGUAUGACGUAGGUGCAACUCCUCGAGGCCUUGUCGUCGAGAUAGUACCUCAAAGCGACCACGAUAUGUUGACGGAGAGCCGGGCCAUUCACUCUGCAACUGUGCCUCCCGCCGUCCCCCACAUUGGGCUAUCCGAACACAGAAGAAAGGAGCUGGCAGCAGCAGAACUAGAGGCACGGCGACUCUCCCUCGCACGGAAUCCAUCCGCGCCCAACAUCCCCUUUCCAGGAGAACUGCAACAUAGUCGCAUUCCAGAGAGCCCACCAUUUUCUGUGAAUUCUCUUGGUCCACGCACACCAGGUCGGCGGAGGGCUUCAUCGAGCAAAGCAUCUCCAGAGCACCGAAAUAGCUCGGACUCGAACUCAUCCCAGUCCGGACCAUCAGGGCUGGCUACGACACCCAGAGCUAUGCGACACCCGAGGUAUAAUCAGGAGACUGCUCCGUCUGUUCCGAACGUUCCGGACAGCACUAUUCUCCUGAGUGACGCCAGGUAUCAGGCUGAUGCUCAGAAAAUUGGUCGCUCAAUGUCUGUUCCAGUGCCCGAACUAAAACAACCUGGGACAGUGCCAUCCGACCUGCCAAUGCAUCCGCGAUUUAAUCCAUGUCUCCCGAGAAGCCGCUCGACCAGCAGAACCCGGAACAUGGGUCAUCGCCGGGAGAACUCGAAAGAACAAGGCGGGUACAGCUAUGGAGGCUCUCCAGUGGAUAUCAGCAUCGAGGAGGGAAUCGAGAACGCGAUGGAACUAAAAUAUUACGAAACUCCUCCUGUGUUACCCGAGCUGCAGCACUUGAACGCUCUCCCACCCCCGCCACCACCUGCCCCGGUGAUGGAUUGUGCGUCUCCGCGCGAGUCUUCAGGGACCAUAGACAUCGCUAUUGACAACGAGAACAUGGGAAAGCUGCUACCCCGCGCUAUGACAGCCGGACCCGCGGUGAGCAUGGAGACACAACCGACUUUACAUCGUCGGCGUAUGUCCUUUGAGCACAGACGCGGCAAAAGCGUGAACGAGAGCUUCUCCAGUAAGAUCCGCAACCUGGCUCGUAUGGGCAGUGUUAAUCGGGCACCUGAUAGUUGGGCUGAAACACAUUUUCCGUAUGAAAGUAUACCAGUCGCCGACGGUCGCAUCUAG